UAAUUUGACAUGUAGACACUAGCUGGCCCUGUGUGAAAUGUGUGUAAAAGUAAAAUGGCACACAACAUAACCCGUAGUUAAUCUCAAAUUAAAUAAUUAUAUUAGUAUUUUUACUUUUUUAUAUAACAAAACCUAGUAGUUCGUCUGAAAAUACAUAAAAUGAGUAGGCGAAGGCCCCAUGAGGAAGAAGAUGGCUACGAUAGGGCUUAUCGUAAGAGGCGUAGGGUAUCAGAAAAUCAAGAAAUUGAAGAUAGAUUGGAAUCACUUAUUCUGAGGGUUGGAGAAAAAAGUACUUCUUCUCUUGAAAGUAAUUUAGAGGGUCUAGCAAGUGUUCUAGAAGCAGAUCUUUCUACCUUCAGAGCUAAGAUAUUAAGAAUUCUGACCGACUGUGCAAUUCGGAUGCCAGAAAAAUGUACGAUUUACACAACUUUGGUGGGUUUACUCAAUGCAAAAAAUUUUAAUUUCGGAGGUGAUUUUGUAGAAUAUAUGGUAAAAACGUUUAAAGAAUCUUUAAAGAACUGCAAAUGGGACGCAGCGAGAUAUGCAUUGAGAUUCCUGGCAGAUUUAGUGAAUUGCCAUGUAAUUUCAGCAACUUCUUUAUUACAAUUGUUAGAUAACAUGAUAGAUACAGCUAAUGAGGACAAUGUUCCUCAAGUCCGCAGAGAUUGGUAUGUGUUCGCAAUUCUCAGUACCUUACCAUGGGUAGGCAGAGAACUGUAUGAAAAGAAAGAGAAGGCUUUGGAGCAUCUUCUUGUUCAGAUUGAAGUAUUUUUAAAUAAAAGGACAAAAAAACACCAUAAUGCUUUAAGGGUGUGGGCGAUAGAUACUCCUCAUCCCCAAGAAGAGUAUUUGGAUUGUUUAUGGUCGCAAGUGAGGAAGUUACGUCAAGACAACUGGGCUGAAAAACAUAUUCCGAGACCGUACUUGGCUUUUGAUUCUAUUUUGUGUGAGGCAUUGCAGCAUAACUUGCCUUCGAUUCUACCACCUCCACAUCAUGAUAGUUAUCAGUAUCCCAUGCCAUGGGUAGUUUUCAGGUUGUUUGACUAUACAGACUGCCCCGAAGGUCCGAUUCUUCCCGGCGCUCACUCCAUCGAACGUUUCUUAAUAGAGGAGCAUCUACACUCUAUAAUAGAAAUGUAUCACUUAGAACGAAAGGAUUGUGCUGCUCAUUUACUCAACUUCCCUUAUAAAUUGAAAAUCCCGCUGGAAUAUUGCAUCGUAGAAGUUAUAUUUGCUGAAUUGCUACACAUGCCGACGCCUAGAUAUCUAGAAAUAGCCUACGGCGCUAUGCUUAUCGAACUCUGCAAGUUGCAACCUUCGACCAUGCCUCAAGUCCUGGCUCAGGCCACAGAGAUGCUUUUCAUGAGGAUCGAUUCGAUGAACGUAUCGUGUUUCGACAGAUUCGUGAACUGGUUCUCGUACCACUUGAGCAACUUCCAGUUCCGGUGGUCCUGGGAGGACUGGGAUUCCUGUUUGUCUUUGGAUGAGGAGCAUCCGAAGCCUAAGUUUGUGAGGGAAACGAUGUUGAAGAGUAUGAGACUUUCUUAUCAUCAGCGCAUUAGAGAAAUAUUGCCAGAAGGAUUCGCCCGUUUCAUUCCCGAGAAAGCUGAACCCGAUUAUAAAUAUGCGCAAGAUGGGGCCGCAACUCUUCCUGGCACUUCGGCUGCUCACCAGUUGGUCGUCUCCAUCAGACAGAAAUGCACUCCUGAAGAGGUCCUAGCCGUGCUUAAGGACCUCCCAAACCCCCGAUCCGAAGAAGAAGGCGACGGCCGGUUCAAUCCCCUAAAGAUCGACGUGUUCGUGCAGACCCUCUUGAAUCUGGGUUCCAAGAGUUUCUCCCACAGCUUCGCCGCCAUCUCCAAAUUCCACUACGUUUUUAAGAUACUGGCAGAGUCCGAAGAGGCUCAGAUUUGCAUUCUGAGGAACGUGUUCGAGCUGUGGCACAACCACCAGCAGAUGUUGAUCGUGUUGGUGGACAAGAUGCUAAAGACUCAGAUAGUCGAGUGUUCCGCAGUAGCCAAUUGGAUAUUUUCAAAGGAGAUGACGGGGGAGUUCACGAAGAUGUAUUUGUGGGAAAUCCUGCAUUUAACCAUAAAGAAAAUGAACAAGCACGUGAUAAAACUCGGGGCCGAACUGUCCGAGGCGAGGGAGAAGUUAGCUAGGGCGGAGUCUAGCGAUGAGGAAUCCGAGGAUGAGAAUGAUACAGAGAAACCGACGGAGGAGAUGGUGGAGAGGAUGGAGGAGAAGUUGGAAGCUGCCCAAGCCGAUCAAAAGAAUUUGUUCUUGAUUAUUUUCCAAAGGUUUAUUAUGAUUUUGUCGGAGCAUUUGGUCAGGUGUGAUACGGACGGCAGGGAUUAUAAUACACAUUGGUAUAAGUGGACUAUCGGAAGACUGCAACAAGUAUUUCUAGCUCACCACGAACAAGUUCAAAAGUACAGUUCAACGUUAGAAACGCUGUUAUUCACGCAGGACUUGGACCACCACAUACUAGAAGUAUUCCAGCAGUUCGUUUCCUUAAGGGCUUAAACUAUUUAUUUUUCUUGAAUUGUAUAAAUCUUUUCUUUUUAUUUAAGUAUCUUUAAUUAUAUGAGAGGAAAGAUAAUUUAUCAUUAAAAUUUUAUUAUUUUGACAUAAUAGAGUGUACUUUUUAAAA